GUACACAAAUUUUAGCUCAUGAAACACUACACAAAUUUUUUUCUCCGAAGAAGAUGAUUAAUAAUUUACUCCUCCUAUAAUAUAGUUGGAGAAAAAAGAGACUAAAAUCCACAGGCAUUGAAUUCAGUUCAACUACCGUUGCUUCACCAAAAUUUGACACGCCUUCAAUCAUACCGAUUCCACUUGUUUCACAAAUCAUUGCGUAAUAAUUCAGCAUUUCUGUUUGCGGAGGUUCUUUUUGGCGGUGAACAAUCACUUUUUAUGUUUCUGUGUGUGUUGAGGAAUUGAUGAUUGAGUUUCAGGAGAAGUCUCUCGAAAGCUGAGUGGAAUCUGUGUUGUUAAUGGAGGCGGAGGGAGCUCGAGUGGAGAACCGGAGCCUCAAGUUUGAUGAGGUCUCAAUGGAGAGAAGUAAGAGCUUUGUUACUGCAUUGCAGGAUCUCAAGAACCUAAGGCCCCAACUAUACUCUGCUGCAGAAUACUGUGAGAAGUCUUACCUUCACAGUGAGGAAAAGCAAAUGGUGUUGGACAAUCUUAAGGAUUAUACUGUACGUGCUCUAGUGAAUGCAGUCGACCACCUUGGUACAGUUGCUUACAAGUUGGGUGAUAUCCUGGAACAACAGACAUCGAACAUCUCAUCAAUGGAGCUGAAAGUUACAUGUCUAAAUCAGCAACUUCUGACAGGUCAAAUAUAUACCGAAAAAGAAGGCCUUAGGCAACAGCAAUUAUUAGCUAUCAUCCCAAGGCAUCACAAACAUUAUAUAUUGCCAAAUUCUGUGAACAAGAAGGUGCACUUUAACCCACAUAUACAAACUGAUCCUAGGCAACCUACACUAGCAAGAGCCCGUCUUUAUCCUCCAGGUGCUACAGCUGCGAAUACUCUCUCUUGGCAUUUAGCAUCUGAAACCAAGUCGACUCUGAAAGGCUCUGUACGUGGUAUUAUAAGUAAUGAGAACUCGCAAACAUAUGGGAAAACUUCAGGGGCAGUCAACAUGUUAGAUAUUGAAAAGAAUGCAUGGAUGAGAUCCACACUGGCUUCAAGUGUAGAAAUGCAAACACGGGGUGCUGUACAACGGGAUCUUCUUGAGGGAUCGAAACCUCUGACUCCAUACCGGUCAUUUGACAAUCCUACUCAAAGAGAAAUAGUUAGGCCCCCUGUUCGCAGUAGAAGUGUCCUCUCAGCUUUCUUCGUCAAGCAUAAGACUCCAAAAUUGAGGACGGGCGCAUAACUCCUUGAUCAAACUGUAAUCUAGACCGUGUUAGAUGUUUCAUCUGGUUAGAAGCUGUCAAUAUGGACAUCUUCGUUUAAUCAAUCGUUUACUAGCUAGCAGUUUGCUGUAUCAUAUCAUCCAAUCUUUCCUUGUUAUGCAUCAAUAAAACGUAGAGAAGAUGCUGAGAGUUUUAAUUUCUUGAUGUUAUAAGUUGUCUUGUACAUGUUGAAUUUGAUCAGACAGCUGUGUUUUCACUUCAUAGCUCGUUCUUGGUUAACUAUUUUUUAUGCUAGUUGAGUAUUUUUGAAUCU